GCGUCACGUGGCUCUCUUCAGUGAAGGCUUUGCUUUCUGCGGCUCCUCAGCAGAGCAGCGAUGUUGAGGCUGAGAUGCGAUAUGCAACUCAGAGGGUCUGGCUCAUAGAGGCAAAGUUAUGGCACGGUCAUCCCCGGAGAACAAGGUCCCGCAGCAAUUUCUCUCUGCCAAAAAGUCCCUCACCGGUAACAAGCACGUCUUCCUGCGACGCCGGAGCGAGAAAACCCUAAAUUACGCGUCCAAAUAAACUAAUUGAAAAUUGGGGCUGGAGCGCGUCAAGGAGUGAAUGACAUUUCAGCAGCGUGGAGUUGAGUGACGGCCACAAUGCAACAGGCCUGUGAAGUGAAGAUAACAACUAGCUCACAGCUACACACGGACAAUGCUGUUGGCCCUCUAAACCUGUAAAAGCAGUUGGGAAGAAUUCUUAAAGCACAGCUGUGGAAAAAGUGGGGUUUCUCCUACUUCAGCGAGGGUUUGGCGAGAGCUCGGAGAUCAGCAGCAGAGGGACACACUUGUCUUCAGGGCGUAAAGCUAAUCUGGAUGCAGCCAUAGUUACAAGUGCCCUUCGACCACCUGAGAAUGACACUCGGACAAUACGACUCUUGAGUUUAUUCUUCACCUCCAGAGCCAUCAGGCAUUCUACCAAAUCAGCAUAAACAGUGAAACCAAGUCCGCCAUGAACCUGUUCAGGAAGGAUGCCAUGACCACUAAGAAGGAGAAGGAAAAAGAGAUCCAGUAUGAGGACCCUCCAGAUGGAGGUUGGGGCUGGAUGGUGGUGCUGCAUUGCUUUCUGGUAAACGUCCUAGUGAUGGGAACACUGAAGAGUUUUGGGAUCUUCUUUGUGGCAUUCCAAGAUGAGUUUGGAGGCUCGUCAGAGAGCAUCAGCUGGAUCGGUUCCAUCAUGUCGAGUCUGCGUCUGUCUGGAGCGCCCCUUGCCUCUGUGGCCUGUGCCAAGCUUGGAACCAGAGUGACCUCCAUUGCCGGGGCAGUGCUGGUUAGUGGAGGAUUCAUCAUUAGUAUUUUUGCAAACAGCGUGGUGUUCCUCUACAUCAGCAUGGGAGUGAUAGUUGGAAUUGGUUUUGCACUACUUUACCAAGCCUUCUCAGUGGUCACAGCGCUGUACUUCCGAAGGAGGUUAGCGACAGCAUAUGCGAUUGGGCGUUCUGGCAUGGGUUUGACCUUUGCCCUUGCUCCGUUUACUCAGCUGCUCCUGGACAAGUAUGCUUGGCAAGGAGCAAUGCUAAUUCUUGGCGGUCUAAUGCUGAAUCUGGUGGCGACUGGGAUGCUUCUGCGACCCAUCAACGUGAAGUCUCCCGUGUCAAACCCUACCUCUCCUCCCAUUCAAAAGAGCCCUGCUGUUUCCCUCAAGAGCUCCUCAGAGAAGGAAUGCACUAAGAGCUGCUUGAAUGGCUCCUCUCACUUAUCCAAUGGCAUCUCCAAAGCAGACUCAUUUCCAUCCCCUCCUCCUGCCCCUCAUGGGGAUACUGAGAACCUGGGGGGCCAAUGUACUCAGGGACUCCAGGACCAGUCAGUGAACCCUGAAUUGACCAGGCUGGUCCUUAAUGGUGUGAAUGGCCAUGAGCCCCACCAUGACUUCGGUCAGUGUAAACCCACAACUCCAGAUAGCUCAGCGGAGCUCAAUGGCAGCAUGAAUGGGUCCACCAUUGUUGGAUUUCCCUCACAUGCCAGCACGCCGAGUGAGGUGACCGUCAUAAAAGCCAAAGUACUGGAUUUCUCUCUGCUAAAGGACCCAUUCUUUUGUAUCUAUACUUGGUCCUUAGUCUUCAGCCAGUUGGCCUACUUCAUCCCCUAUUUCCAUCUGUCUGCCCGAGCCAGAACCCUGGGCAUCAAUGCCAUGGAUGCUUCCUUCAUCAUCUCUGUGGCAGGUAUCACAGAGACCAUCGCCCAGCUGGCCUCGGGCUGGGUGACAGACAGGAACCUGUUCCAUAAAUACCACUACCACAAGGCCUACCUGAUACUCUGUGGCCUGGUCAACCUGCUCUCCCCGAUGGCAACCUCCUACAUCCUGCUGAUGGUUUACGCUGUCUUCUUUGCCAUCUUCUGUGGUGGAUACAUGGCUCUGCUGCUGCCCGUUCUAGUAGAUCUCGUGGGGUCGGAGAAACUUAACAACUCCAUGGGCUUCUCCAUGUUCUUUGUUGGCCUGGGUUGCCUCACAGGACCUCCUUUGGCUGGCUUCCUGUACGACUACACUCAGACUUACGACUGUUCUUUCUACCUGGCUGGCCUCUGCUAUCUGCUCUCAUCUCUCUCCUUGUUCAUGGAGCCGCUGGCUCAGCGCUGGAAGGGCAGGAACAAACUGACCUGCACCAAGAGAGCGGAAAGCAGCUGUAAGACCAACGGCUGCUUUGCCCCCGACCGCCUGUAGAACGGCGCUGUGUAGGAACAAAACCCAGGGAAGGCCUUCGAUCUUGAAACAGCAUGCUCAUAAAGUGCCAUGGGCCCGCAUACCUUGGACUCAGUCUUAAAGUCGGGACCCAAGUGACCCUUAAUUUCAGCAGGAGCGUAACACGGUGUCGAGGAGACCACAGUAACAUGUCUAAGAACAUGCCAUUAGUAAAUAGAUGUUUAUGAUGAACUUUUAAAGAGCCAAAAUUUGGGUGUCCUGCAAAAUAUUUUACUCCCUAUUCUUGUUCUUAUCAGAGGUACAUGCAACCAAACUGAAAUAAUCCUCUACAUACAUUAUCCAGCACAUUAUAUAUUAUAAAACACAAUCUAAAUCUGUUUUUCAAUGCAACAACAAAACUGCAUUAACUUUGCAGUGACUUUCAAUUGCACAUAAUAUGGCUGGAAACGAAGCUAUGCAGUUAGCUUGAUAUCCUGUUAUCUGAAAUCCUCCUCCUAUUGUUUCUGUGAUGGCAUUCAUGGAAGAACAUAUCCAUGAAGAAAUCUCACUCGAUUCCUUUGGAAGCAUUUACCUGUAUCUGUAAACCUGUACUCACUGGUAUGCACUUUGGGCCAAAUUGUAAUUAAGCUGAAUGACAUCUGACCUUUUAACUGCCAGGUAAUUAAGAAAGUGAGCAACCACUUAAUUGCAGCCUGCUUGUAUGACACAAAUGUGUAACCUGCUCUUAAAAGCCAAAAAGCAGCAACUGCUUCAGUAGUUUAAUCUCUUGCCCCAGAACUAUUAUUGUAGGCACAGGGGUUGAUUAAAUGGCAUGUUUUACCAUUUAGAGGUAUAAUCAUAUUCUCGUAUUUAUAUUUUGUUAUUAAUAAUCUGGAUGUUAUUUUUGUCUGUCAACUACUUUAGCAUACUUAGACUUACAGUAUGCUGUGUCUCAAUUCAGAUACUUUUGUGAGUACACUUACAUGUAGUGCCAUGUGUACACUAUGCACUCACUUGUGUAGUGCGUAAAUUUCUGGAACCGGAAAUGACUAUUCUUCUUCAUUUUAAUGAUAAAUUGCAUCCGGGCAGAGCAUUACCGCAAUCUAUUGUUGCCCACAAAAAUAUACAUUGACUUGUUUUUUUCACUAUCUUACUACAAUAUAGUGGUACUUAUGGACAAAAACACAUGUAUAAAUUCCAUUUGUAUAGUUUGGUUUUCGCCAUUUCAGUCACCACCGCUACAUCGUCCUCACCGGCCAUUUUCACAAGUUUGAAAAUGCGUUAGCGGUCAAAAAGAAUCCACUCUGUAGCAAAGAUGGUGUCUGUUGAGAGCGAGUAGUGUCCUUUGUUCCACGCUCAUCGUUUUGACCAUUUUGAGUGCAGCAUCCGGGUAUUUGUAGUGCACUGCAUUUGGCCAUACUUCAGUCUGUGUGAACUCACUAUUUAUUCAAAAUAGCAAGUGUAAGUACAGAAGAGCACAAUUUGAGACACAGCAUUACACAAAGAUACACCAUUCAAACUUCAAAAUAUUUGGCUAAUUUAGGACACUAAAUGCUGCUUCUGUUCAGAUUUUUUUUUUUUUAUCUUUCAACUUUCUCUCAUAGAAAGUUCAAUGUUUGAACAUUUUCUUUUCCUCUUUAACCCCUUGAUACUCUUUAAUUUUUUCAUCUACAACUAUUAGUACUUUAUGACAUUAGUUCCAUUUUUCAUACCUCUCAUAGUUUUUCUGGAAUUGCAGUUGUUUUUUAAGUUGUUCUUCCAUUAUAAUUGGUAUGUAUUGUCAACACAUUCUCACUCCCAUUGCGUAAA